UCUUUCCCUGACAAAUGGAAACGUAUACGCUCGACAUAAACAAAUAAAAGCGUCACAGCCGGAAUGUUUGCGGUAGUACGGUAAACUGUAUAUUUUAAAGUAUCUUAUCCCCGUUGCAUUUGAGUUUCUAUCCAGCGCACUUUCAUACAUUAGCACAAUGGAUGAAGAUUUAGAGUUUCGUGAUAUGGUUUUAAAAAAGAUGGAAGAUAAUGGUUCAUUACUCGACAUAAAGGCUAAACUACGAGCACUGCUGUAUGAUGUUAUAGAAAGCGAACAUACUGCCCCCAACGAUCAAGUGGAUGAAAGUGACCUAACUUCUAGCACGUUUGAAAAGGAUUCUGUUGCUCAACUAGACGCAAAAGCUUUAGUCUAUGAACUGAUGCUGGAAACGUUAGGAUCGUUGAAUCUACAGUACACAAGGAAAAUCCUGUUGGCCGAAUCCGGACAUCGAAAUAUGACACUCACCCGUGAGCAGUUGGCACAACAGCUUAAUCUCGAUAAUACGUCCAACACUCUGUCAGGUCAACCUUUACUAAUUUCACUGAUAAACAAGUUGCGCGAUGAAAACGCCGCAACGGAACAACCCAUCAAUGAAAGCAGAGAGCAUCCUGAUACAAUUACUGAGGGCUCACAGAGCAGUGUAGAGCAUUUACCGGCCGACCUAUGAAACGAUUGCGCGAAACAUACGAUACCAGGAUGAUUUAUUUUCUAAUAUGUGAACUCAAACAUAAUCCCACUAUCGUGUAGGUGUGUGUAUGUG